AUGGAAAGUGGACUUCCAAUGCUCAACUGUCUUUUGCCGCAAACACUCAGAAGCCUAUGUACAUUUUCAGAUUCCUCUUCUAAUUCUUCUAAAUGGGUAUAUGCAGUCUUUUGGAGGAUUCUGCCCAGAAAUUAUCCUCCACCCAAGUGGGAUCAUACCGGAGGUACACUUGAUCGUGCUAAAGGAAACAAAAGGAACUGGAUUCUAGUUUGGGAAGAUGGAUUUUGUGAUUUUCAUGAAUGUGAAAGAGCUGGAAGUGGAUACAGAAAGGGAAGGUUUGGAGCUGAUAUCUUUUUCAAAAUGGCACAUGAGGUCUACAAUUAUGGAGAAGGAUUGGUGGGUAAAGUUGCAGCAGAUAACAGUCAUAAAUGGGUGUUUGGAGAUAGCCUCAGUGAAAAUGAUCCUAAUUUCGUUUCCUCUUAUAAUGUAUCAAUUGAUCCUCAACCAAGAACAUGGGAGGUUCAAUUCAAUUCAGGCAUUCAGACUAUUGCAGUUGUGUCUGUCAGAGAAGGGAUAAUUCAGCUGGGCUCAUUUGACAAGGUUGCUGAAGAUCUUAACCUAGUAAUAAGCAUACAGAGGAAAUUCAGCUAUCUCUUGAGCAUACCGGGCAUAUACACGAUACAAAGACCGUGUUUACCAGUCCAACCCCCAUAUGACUAUAAGCCGACCAACAAUCUUAUUGAAAUGAACGAAACAGAAUAUGGAAAAGAGAACAAACUUCAGAUGAUUGGAUCGAAAAGACAUACUUGCGAGGAAAUUACAAAUCGUCGUUCCCCAAUCAAGUCCAUCAACUUAGGGUACAACAGCCCGCAAAAUGGCAUGGCUGCAGAACUACCCUUGUUCUCUAAUAUCCCUACUCUUUUGCCUUCAAUGUCAUGGCAGCAGCAAUUGAUGAAUACUUGCCGCAACAUCAAGGAUGAUGAAUGUGCAGGAUUUACUGCCAUUCAAAUGAUCAAGUUGGAGCCAUCUCAAGAAGAGAAUCAAAAUCCCUCAAACUAUAGACUAGAAUUUGAAGAUCAAGAAGUGGCGGCAUUAGGAUUUGGACAUUCUAGAGAAGCAGAGAGUGUUUCGAAUCUCAAUUAA